UGGUUCUGGGACUGGCUAGGAAGGAAAUCAAGGUAAGGGAGGGUGUAUGUACGUGUGGCACCCUCAAGUGUGUUCCUUGGAGACAAAGCUAAGAGACCGGGCAAGAUGAAGACAGAAUGUGGCCAGACAGUGCCCAGAACUGUCACCUUCUGGUCUCGCAGCAGAGACUCCGCCAUGGACCCACCGUUGCAGAGUGAAACUUCCCAAACGCAGCCACCCUCUCCGCUGACAUCCUACCGCUGGCACACUGGAGGUGGAGGGGAGAAGACUGCUGGAGGGUUUCGCUGGGGCCGCUUCGCAGCCUGGGGAAGGACCCUGAGCCAUCAGGAGCCCAUGGUGAGCAGCCAGCCAGCUCCUAGGUCACUGUUUCGUCGGGUCCUCUCUGCACCCCCUAAGGAGUCACGGCCCAAUCGCCUCCGGCUUUCCAAGACCCUGUGGAAGAGGCACAAGAAUGUGGCACCGCUGGAGCUCAAGCCAGAUCCCAAGGCCCCAGAGCCAGAGCUGGAGUUGGAAGCAGCCUCAGAACUACCUGUUGCACAGAUACCUGAGGCCCCCACCCCUGAUAUGCCUGUUUGGGACAUUGGGAGCUUCACCCUGCUUGAAGGAAGGCUGGUGGUACUCGGUGAAGAGGAGGGUCCUCGCCAAAUCCGGCUCGGAAGCGCCAGCUCAGAGAGCAGUAUGCAGGCAGCCCUGGGGAACCUCAGGGAUCCAGAUCGGACCCCUGGAAAAACUGAGCCGGAAGCUACUGGUUCCAACCAAGUCCACAAUGUUCGGGGCUUACUCAAGAGGCUGAAGGAGAAGAAAAAGGCCAGGUCAGAGCUGGGAGCCCACUCCACUCGAGAUGGACCCCCCAGUGCUCUGGGUUCCAGAGAAUCGCUGCCCACACUCUCCGAGCUUGACCUGGGCACUGAAAGGGAUGUGCAAGUCUGGCCGCUGCAUCCUAGCCUCCUGGGAGAGCCAUACUGCUUCCAGGUAACCUGGGCAGGCGGGAGCCGAUGUUUCUCUUGCCGCUCGAGCGCUGAGAGAGACCGUUGGAUUGAGGACCUUCGUCGGCAGUUUCAGCCGAACCAGGACAACCUGGAACGGCAAGAGACCUGGCUGACAGUGUGGGUGCAUGAGGCCAAGGGGCUGCCCCGAGCAGCUGCACCGGGAGUGCGAGCGGAGCUGUGGCUGGACGGUGCUCUACUGGCGCGCACUGCGCCCCGGACUGGCCCAGGCCAACUCUUCUGGGCGGAGCGCUUCCACUUCGAGGCUCUGCCACUGGCCCGUCGCCUGUCGCUGAGGCUACGCGGAGCAGGCCCUGCCGGGGCAGCCGUGGGCAGGGUGGUGCUGGAUCUGGAGACGGUGAGCAUCCCCCGCGCGCCUGCCACGGGCCUGGAGCGCUGGUUCCCGGUGCUUGGGGCGCCAGCGGGUGCGGUGCUACGGGCGCGGAUCAGGGUGCGACGUCUGCGCGUGUUGCCGUCGGAGCGCUACAAGGAGCUGGCUGAGUUCCUCACCUUCCACUACUCGCGCCUGUGCGGGGCGUUGGAGCCCACACUAUCUGCUCAGGCCAAGGAGGAGCUGGCAGCAGCCAUGGUGCGCGUGCUACGAGCCACCGGCCGGGCGCAGGCACUGGUGACAGACCUAGGCACCGCAGAGUUGGCGCGCUGUGGAGGCCAUGAAGCACUGCUAUUCCGAGAAAACACCUUAGCCACAAAGGCCAUUGAUGAGUACAUGAAACUGGUGGCACAAGAGUACCUCCAGGAGACUCUAGGGCAGGUUGUGCGGUGUCUCUGUGCCUCCACUGAAGACUGUGAAGUGGACCCCAGCAAGUGCCCGACACCAGAGCUGCCAAAACACCAAGCAAGACUCCGAAGCAGCUGUGAGGAGGUUUUUGAAAACAUCAUCCACUCUUACAGCUGUUUCCCAGCAGAGCUGGGCACUGUCUUCUCAAGUUGGCGUGAAGCAUGCAAAGCACGUGGCUCUGAGGCACUGGGCCCCCGGCUGGUGUGUGCUUCCCUCUUCCUCAGGCUCUUGUGCCCUGCCAUCUUGGCACCCAGCCUCUUUGGCCUGGCACCAGAGCAUCCAGCCCCCGGCCCAGCCCGAACCCUUACACUCAUCGCCAAGGUCAUCCAGAAUCUCGCCAACUGUGCCCCGUUUGGGGAGAAGGAAGCCUACAUGGCCUUUAUGAAUAGCUUCCUGGAAGAUCAUGGACCAGCCAUGCAACACUUCCUGGACCGGGUAGCUAUGGUGGAUGCAGAUGCCACACCCAGUGGCUACCAGGGCAGUGGAGACCUGGGCCUCCAGUUGGCAGUUCUUCAUGUCCAGCUCUGCACAAUCUUUGCCGAACUUGACCAGACAACCCAAGAUAGCUUGGAGCCACUGCCCACCAUACUGCGAGCCAUUGAGGAGGGCCGGCCUGUCCCAGUGUCUGUACCAAUGCGUCUUCCCCAGAUCCCCACCCAGGUCCAUUCCAGCUUCUCUUCAGGGGAGAAACCCGGCUUCCUGGCACCCCGAGACCUCCCCAAGCACACUCCUCUUAUUUCCAAGAGCCAAUCUCUGCGCAGCUUUCAAGGGGCAGGAAGCUGGACCCCUAGGCGGCCGGAGGAGGAGCGGUCCCAGCAGCGGUCGCGGCCAGUGCAGCGCACACAGAGCGUCCCUGCCAGACGGCCUGCCCGCCGCCGCCCUUCUGCGGGUCCCAGGCCGCAACUCCAAGGCUCUCUACGCACUGGCCCGGCGUCUAGCAGACGGCCCUGUACUGGGGCUUCCGCCUCGCUGCCUCGGAAGCCAUCGGUGCCAUGGCAGCGCCAGCUGAACCAGCCCGUGGACCGAUACCAAGCUCUCGGAACGCACCGACCAGUGGGCAAGCUAGCCGAGAUACAGUGCGAGGUGGCUGCACUCCGCGAGGAACAGAAAGCUCUGUCCCAUUUGGUGGAGUCGCUGAGUACCCACAUCCAGGCUUUGACGGAGCAGCAGGAGCAGCUGCGCUGUCAGCUGCACGACCUGGACUCCAGAUUGGGAGCUGGGCUCUCAGAGUUGGAUUCUGAGGAUGGUCUUCCAAGCAAGGGAAGCCACAGGCUGAAAAGUCUGGAGCGCCGGCUGGCUGAGAUGGCAUGUACUCAGGAGCAACUGAGGGAUACCCUCCAAAGCCUACAGCUUUCUUCAAGGACACCAGAAGCCAGGAGCCAGCCCCCGCCUCUCAAAGCACCAUGUGUCAAUGGAGCUGAGCUGUCAAUGGGCACCUGAGAGUCGCAUCCCACUCCCCGUGGUCUGGAAGCCAAGAAAACCACUAUGGAGGGUUUUCUGACUGCCUCAGC